AUGGCAAAUUCCAUUUUGAAGCGAGGCCUCUUGGCCGUUGCGCUUGCUGCUCUCAUGGCUCCACACUGUGCGGCCAAGCCGCGACAUAGUUCAUGGAGCAUCGCAGCAGGCGGCGACUUGCUUGGUGAUGCCCUGGUUUCCAAUGAUUCCAGGACCAACAACGUCUGGGACAUUGUUCGUGGCGCAGACUUCGGCUUUUUCAACAUGGAAGGCCAAAUCUUUUCCUAUGAGAACUUCACGGGAUAUCCCGCCUCCGAGAACGGAGGAGACAAUAACUAUGGCGAUAUUGGAGGCGGCCCAUUCUAUGACCCCAUUAACGCGUAUCGAAUGGCUCAGAACGGGUUCAACCUGGCGUCACAUGCAAACAAUCACGCCUGGGACUACGGACAAGCUGGUUUCAGGGCCACCUAUGAAUACCUCAACGAUGCGGGUAUUGCUGUUGCUGGGAAUGGCGAUACCCUCAAAAAGGCACGCCAAGCUGUCUUCCAGAAGCAUAACACGAGGCGUAUUGCUCUUGUUGCAGCCGCAGGUACCCAUACACCCGAGUCAGUGGCCGGCUCCGGCGGCGGCAGCAGGAAAGAUCGCCCUCGGUCUGGCGUCGGCGCAUUGCGGGCCACUGCCGUCACCCGGGUUAUGUCGUCCGAGUUCGAAGCCAUAAAAAAGGUGGCCAUUGCCCAGGGACAGGAGAUUCCUGAAGGGACCACCGACAUCACUCUCUAUACCGGUCAGAUACCCAUGGCCUGGUCCUACUGGCGACUGUCUGAAACCCCAGGUCUGGACUGGGACAUCAACCCAGACGACUACGCUGGCAUUGUGGCGUCGGUCAAAGAAGCCAAGACUUCGGCCGAUGCCACCGUCUUCUCCCUACACGCGCAUGAAUCUGACUCGGGCGUCGAUGACUCGUACAACCCGCUACCGCUUGCUGCGACUGUCCCAGCCUCAUACACUCGCAACAUCAGCCAUGCUGUGAUCGAUGCAGGAGCCGAUAUUGUUCUUAUCCACGGCCCACACCAUCUGCGCGGUAUCGAGAUUUACAAAGGCCGGCCCAUCUUCUACAGCUUGUCAAGCUUGACAUACAGCUUGGGUCUUCACUUCCGUGGUGUGGAUCUGCCGAUUGAGUGGGAUGACAGUAUUAUUGCCCUUGCCAAUUUUGAGAAUGGCAACCUCUCCAGAGUUGCACUCCAUCCCAUCGUUCAUUCGCAGUUGACAAAUGAUACUUCCGACCCGCAAAGUCAGCUGCCCAAGCUGGCUCCCAAGUUGGAGGCUCAGCGCAUUCUGAAGCACCUUCGCAAGGUUUCAAAACCAUUUGGAACCAAGAUCAAGAUUGACAACAAUGUAGGCUAUAUUGAGCUUGGGUACUAG